UGGCGAGAGCUUAUAAUAUUAAAUAGGGCGUUUGAGGUAAGAAGCCAGGUGACACAGCGCUAUUUUCCGUUCCUUUCAGUUGCUUUGAUAGUUCAUAGUUCACUCAGUCGACGUGUUCCAACUAGUAAGGGCGGUUACCUGAGUUUUUUUCUUCAGUGACAGCAAAAAUAUAUAACAGGUAUAUGACACCCAGGUUUGUGACCAUAGUGAGUGUUGACUAUGUCACUACUGAGCGAUAUUUCUAUCUUCUGCUACAACUGCUGCUACUGCGCCAUUGUUCUUCUCGACUGUUUACUUCGUGUCGCACUUGGGCGUCGCUUUACGCCGCUCACAGAAGACAGCCUGCUCCGUGAUCUGUCUCUUAACGACCGACGUCUGCUGUUCUCUGACAAUCUUACUGGGCGCUGGUGGUACCAGGGGUUCACUCAACUGUUGAAAUGUUACCGUGAAGAUGCCACCUGCUCGGUGGACGGGAGGAUGGGAAUAGAAAGGAGAUUGAAAGAAAUAUUAAAUAACAGACUUGCUAUAUCAAGACGACUACCGAAUGUGGAUUUGACCAAGUGCCCUAUCAAGGAGCCUAUUUUCAUCAUUGGGCCAAUGCGGACGGGGACAACGUACCUGCAGAACUUGCUGUACCAGGACCCGCGAAACACUUCGCCACUCUUCUACGAGUUGAUGUGCCCCGUGGAGGAGAACACAGAUGCAGUGAACGCUGGGAAAGAUCCGCGUGUUCUCAUGUUUAGUUUCUUUUUAGAUGUCGCAUUACGAGGUAAACGAAUGUUUAAAAACAUUCACAACGUCCAGGCCAAGAGUCCUCACGAGUGUUUCCAUUUGUUCAACAAUAUGGGGAUAUUUAAGUUUUACCAAGGGGUGAUCGGUAACACUGGGCCAUAUAGAGACUGGGUGCGCGCUCGAACCAAGGAAGAGAUGGUGGAAGCCUAUCGUUUCCAUCGAUUGCAACUUCAGCUUAUUCUUUUAGCAAGAAAUUCAGCAAGCCAUGACCAGCACGUCAUUCUGAAAGAUUCCAUGCAUGGGCUGUACCUGGACGCAAUCCUGGCGGUGUAUCCGGACGCAAUGUUCAUUCACACCUACCGCAAUCCAUGCAAAUCACUCGCAUCCGUUUGCUCGUUGUUUCAGCACCACACCACUUGUGCCUACGACCCCAAAGAUAUAGGAAGAGACGUCCUAGACGACCCCCUGUUACACGCGGGGAACGAAAUCCUAGAAUUCAGAAAGAACCACCCUCAUCAAGAACACAGAUUCGUCGAUAUAGACUACGAACAUCUUGUGAGAGCGCCCAUAGAUACAGUGAGACAGAUUUAUGAUAAGUUUGGGCUCGAUCUCAGCGAGCAAGCUGAAGCGAAGAUGAAGGAGUAUAUAAAAGAAAAUCCCCAAAAUAAAUAUGGUCGUCACCAUUACGACCUGGAGCCGUACGGAUUGAAGGAGGAGGAAAUAUUUGAGAAAUUUCGAGAUUAUAUUGAAAAUUUUAACAUUCAGUGCUAACUUCAUAACGGAAUAAUAUAAACUAUUGAUAUGUCUUAAUUAGAAAAAUUUAGAAAAAUAACACUGAAUUCCAAAAAACUGAGAAAAGCAUCGAACUAUAAGAUUGCACAUAAUAGUUCACAAUGUCGAGUCAUGGUGCCUAUACGACCUACAUUUGUACCAUAGGCAUACCUGAUCCAGUAUGUACCUAUACCAGCUAUAUAAAGAUGUUCGGAAAAAUUUUAGUAUUACCAGAAUUAUUGUCAAAGCUAAAGUCUUUUUAAAAGACAUAUUACGGUUGAAAAAUUGAUUAAAAUACUAAAUUGUCAGGGGGAGUCCUGACCCACCCCACCUUCGGUUUCUGGAAAAUA